ACUUGAACGGAUAGUUGACGUUGUGCGAGAAGUGGCCGUAAAAUCCAUGCUAUUCGCGAAUUUUUUCCUUUUGUACCUGUUGGACAAUCCAACGAGUUACCGAUCAUUUUUUUCUCGCAACAAUUUUUUUAUGCAUGCCAACAGCUCGUCCUCGGAAAGCCAGUGACUAACACCAACUUACCCAUUGCCCAAAUGCCCCGCAUUUUUGAAGAACUCUCGACAACCAUUCCUUGCAUGAAAAUUUCUCCACGUUCUGCAAAUCAAAGCAUCAUAUACGCAAACGUACUUGCUUACAACAGUCAGCGACAAUUUUUAUCAACAACAUUGUUGAGCCUUUUGCGAACAGGGCAAAACGUUAUUUUUUCGUCAAAAUCCGAAUGCUGUUACCCGGAUCUCGAUGAGCGCCAAGCAUGGCGUUAUGCCGCAUACAUAUACAGUUGCACCACCCCAAAUCCUACCGAUUGGCCUGAAGGUGUGGACCACACCGCCGACUUAGACAUCAUAAUUCUCGAAAGCACAGAUCUCCCUCUCUCCCUCUUGGUCACAGAAGAAAACCUCACGCGCAACCCUGGCCCGUUUUUCAAGUUCCUUCGUUUUGCGCUAUCAGUCAUCGAACUGUACAACGAUCAAAAUUCUAUGCUGCUUGUGAACCACAGUCAGAAGCCACGCUUCGUUGGUUAUACCACCAUUUUCAAUACUUGCGAAGAACUUCAGCGCACCCGCAAAUCACGACGAAGGAAGCUCGCUUUAGCCAUUUGCAACUCGGUUAACAAGAACGAAUCGCCGCGAUUACGCGAUCUUUCGGAGGCAACAAUUGCAGAGAUUCAAGUGUUCAUUUCUCAUACACGCACACUGAUCGCGACGAACAAUUUUUAUCCGCCUGUGGAGACAAUUCUCAAUACCAUCCGCUCAUUCCCUCUUGUUCCACGUUUGAGUUUCAUUCGAUCACACGUGAUGAUAGACACCACCACGCUGCAGGCAAUUUUGCGACGAUCUGACAACCGAGAGUUUUUGAUGAAAAUUGCACCAAACCAUCAUCACAACAAACAUGAUUUUGCACGAGUUUUCGAUUUGGCGAAAAUACGUUAUAGACCAACAGAUACCCAUAGAGCAUUUACCAACCAUCUUGCCACAGACGGCCAUGCAGCAUCUUUCAUUUUUUGCAAAGGCAGUAUCAACUCACGAACGGCUACCCGAUCUAGACAUUGACGAUUUGGACGAAGAAGACUUGCAGGAUCGUUUUAAGUUGUGGGGUCUGGAUCCAGGUCAUAGACAAGUGUUUGUCGCCAGUAACGGUCACGGCAUUCAAUCUCAUCAGUGCGAUCUUUAACAAAAGCCGAAUAUCAUGAAAAAUCCGGCAUCAACAAGACGAACAAGAAAAUGGAGAACAUGAGGAAGGCCGACCACUCAACCUCCGAUUCCGCAGCAUCUAUCGAAUCCCUGGAGCAGCAACUUUUAUCGCUCAAGACAUCGAGCUUGCAAGUAUAUCAUCUGGGUUUAUUCUCUAUCGACGGCGUAUUGCAUCAACUUUUGGAAUUGUACGAUACCCAAUUCAACGAGCUGCGAUUUUUGAAUUACAAAGGACGACAGCAGAUGCAAGCUGAAAUGGUGAA